UUGAUAGUUAAAAAAAUGUCUGACUGUGAAGUCUGAAAUAAUUCAUGGCCCCCCUGUCACAUUUGAACAAGGGCUGAAGACCAGAGUUCUUUCUGGCUGCAUUUGAUGAGAAACCCUCUCUCCUUAUUACUCAAUUUGUCUUGGCUGCUCAGUUAUGUGAAAAUACUUUACUUGUUGAACUUUAAAUAGAAAAUAGACCUCAAAGAAGCCCUUUUGCUUAUCAGUUACAUUCUAAAUGCUGAGAAGUCAAAAUGUGCAGCCAAACCUCGAGGAGAUCUUGGAAGAAACAUUUUGGAUAUAUAUCCACAGAGAGACAAUAUGUACAUAUUCAAAAUGAGAGAAACAGAUUGGAAAACCACAUACAGUUGUGAGCUCUGUUUUACCUCCUCAUUCAUAGGAUUUGUGCAUUUGGAACUGGUCAUUUUUCAGAUUAGCUCAAUGCAUGAUAUGUCGCGAAAGAAAUCGGGUUCGACCAAAAUCAUAUAGAUGUCCCCCUGGAGCGUAGCAGCUACUCCUCAUUAAACAUUUUCAGUAAGAAACCAAUAAAACUGCAUUGUUCUCAAAGGAGAAAUUCCAGACUUUUGACCCUUGUAUGGUUGCAUACUCUAAGCUCACCCUAAUGCUUUCUCUUGAAAAACAAUCCCUACCUAAAAGCAGGUUUCAGCAGUGUUCAGCUCAAACUGUGAGCCACAAGCAGAGCUUUCCAUAUUUCACCCAGUGUAAAGCUACAUUGUGCUCCUUCACGCCUUAUCCUUCCCCCCUCCAACCUCCUCCACUGACCAGUCUGUCUGUGAGAAAAGUUAGCAGCCCCCUCAUCUACUAUCCAUUACUCCCCACAGGCCAGCAGUGUAACACUCCAGUGCUUCCGUUCCCCUGUAGCCUCCACCCCUCAACAACCCAAAAUGCUCCAGUACAUCAGUGUGUCCCAUUCUCCCGACCUCCAAACACUCCGUCUCAGGCUGCUGCAUGCCCUUGUCCUCUCAGAACCUCGCUAACCCAGGUUCCUCUCUCUGUCUCUCUCCUUCUCACUGUGCAUGUGACUGUGUCUGCUGUGACUGACCAGGGCUUAAAGGGAAACCUGGGGGAGAAGGGAGCGCCAGGAGAGCCAGGUCUGUCUAUCAUUGGCCCACGAGGACCUCCUGGACAGCCCGGUACUAGAGGAUUUCCAGGCUUUCCGGGCCCCAUUGGCUUGGACGGGAAACCUGGACAGAAUGGUCCAAAAGGUGAUAUGGGUCCUCGUGGUCCUAAAGGAGUACCAGGUGAACCUGGUCCAAAAGGAGAGAAGGGUGUAUGUGGUGACUACACUCACAGGAAACGCCGUAUUGUCAACGCCUGUGCUGGAGGACAGGCCAAACAGAUGUUGCCCAUCACCGUCCGCAACAUGCCCUCAAUAAGCCCUCUAAUCCUAAAGCGCCUCAAGCAGGGCGAGCCCGGAGCGCAAGGACCACCAGGACCUCCUGGCCCCCCAGGGACUCCUGGCCUAACUGGUGCUAGUGGGCCCCCGGGUAAACCCGGAGAACCUGGAAAACCUGGAAAAGACCCAAGAAUGCUACCAGGGCUGAAGGGUGAGCCCGGUGUAUCUGGACAAAAGGGUGAUCGUGGUGAAGCUGGUCCAAGUGGACCUGAAGGCCCCAAGGGAAUUAAAGGAGAUGAAGGAAUGAAGGGAGAGAAAAGUGAUCCUAGUGCUGCAGAAGCUGGUAUCAAAGGAGAACCAGGUGCCCAGGGACAGCCCGGACAAGCUGGACCCAAGGGUGAGAAAGGUGAUCAAGGCAUAAAGGGUGACCAUGGCCAGGAAGGCCCAUCUGGACCAAGGGGUCCACCAGGUCCAACCGGGGAGCCAGGAAAAUCUUUAAUCAACAACAAUGAAAAUGAUAUACGCAAUGUGCAUUUAAUGGGCCCUCCUGGUCUGCCUGGACCUCCAGGGCUUCCUGGGACCCACGGUUUGAAGGGUGAUGUUGGACUUCCAGGUCCCCCUGGUCUUGAUGGGGAAAAGGGUCCAAGAGGAAAGCCAGGAGAACAGGGACCCUUCGGCCCUCCUGGACCAGAGGGACCUCAGGGAGAAGGAGGAGUCAUAGGCUUGCCUGGGCCAAAAGGAGACAAGGGAGACAUGGGUCCCUCAGGAUCACCUGGUUUAGAUGGCCCUACUGGAGAAAAGGGGGUUUCAGGGCCCCCUGGCCAUAUUGGAUUGCCAGGCCUAAUGGGUCAGAAAGGUGAACCUGGGGAGAAAGGAGAUAAAGCAGAACUGGUCUAUGGGCCUGCUGGACCUCCAGGACCUGCAGGGCCAGUUGGGCCAUUGGCACCUCCAGGUUUGCCAGGACCAAAGGGAGAACCAGGAAUAGGCCUGAGAGGAGAGAAGGGAUCACCUGGACAGAAAGGAGAGAAAGGAGACAGGGGCCAUCUUGGACUCCCUGGGGCUCAUGGUUUAGACGGCAGGCCUGGUCCAGUGGGUCUGAUAGGACCAGCUGGAGUACCUGGGCCUGCAGGACCAAAAGGAGAAAUGGGUGAAAAGGGUGAAAUGGGAGUAGCUGGACCAAUUGGGCCUCAAGGCAUCCCUGGUUUAGUAGGACCACCGGGAUUAAAAGGAAACCGGGGGGAGAGGGGCAAGAAAGGCAACAGGGGGGCCAAAGGGGAUAAGGGAGACCAAGGAGCCCCGGGAUUAGAUGCCCCGUGUCCCUUGGGUGAUGAUGGUUUGCCAGUACCAGGGUGUUGGAAUAAAUGACAUUAAUUCCUGAGUGCCGUGUGUGAUUGUAAAUAGAAUAUUUAUUUUUGUACUUUUUUUGCCAUUGAUCUGUUAUAUCGAUGGAAAAUACAGCAAACCAUAAAAAUCCUGGCAGGACUUUUGUACAGAUGUUUAUUUUUAUUACUGGUAAUGUUGUUUAUGUAAUGGACUUUAUACUGUACCUAUACAUUAUGUCAAGAUGUUUUUUUUUUUUGAUGGAGGAAGAAAUAUAAUGUGGCAGCAUAUGCAUGAUAUUUGUGCAUUAUGUUAACUGAUAAGUGCCUAUUAACUUAUUGUAUCAUGGUGUUUUAAUGUGUUGUGUCGGACCACGCUGCACUGAUUAGUGGGGCUGGAGUUACAAAUUGGCCUUGUGUGUAAGAGGAAACCCUUUGCUCUGAGAUUAACAUGUUCACACCACACCUAAUGAGCUUACACUGUAACUGCAUAUGUUUACUGAACAUUAAAAUGACUUAUUUCAAAGUCCAUACUACAUGCAGUAGAAUUAUCAAGUCAGUUG